ACCUUCUUCUUCUUCUUCUUCUUCUUUUUCCUUUUCUAAUUUGUGUUUAUGGCUGAGGGAGGCUCAGCUUCUGGGAGCAGAAUGUGGUGUUCAAUUCCUGAGAAGUUUCAGCUGCAUGGCGCCAUGUUGGCCUUGCAGUUUGGCUAUGCUGGCUUCCACGUCGUGUCCAGAGCUGCCCUUAAUAUGGGCAUUAGUAAACUCGUCUUCCUAGUUUACAGGAACAUCAUUGCUUUUCUUCUCCUGCUUCCCUUUGCCUAUUUCCUAGAAAAGAAGGAGCGGCCUGCGACUACUCUCAAUUUUCUGCUUCAGUUCUUCCUUCUUGCACUCGUUGGGAUCACGGCGAAUCAGGGAUUCUACUUGUUGGGAUUGGAACACACCUCGCCGACGUUUGCAUCGGCGAUACAAAACUCGGUUCCGGCAAUUACAUUUCUCAUGGCUGCAUUGCUCCGAAUUGAACAAGUGCGACUAAACAGAAAGGAUGGUAUAGCAAAAGUGAUGGGAACAAUAUGCUGUGUUGCCGGGGCCACAGUGAUCACUCUGUACAAAGGGCCAACAAUAUACAGCCCAAAUGCUCCUAAUUCACUACAAACCAUCUCCACAACCACAACCGCACCCAUUUUUGCCUCUCUUGGGGACGCAAGCGCCAAGAGCUGGACCCUCGGCUGCGUCUUCCUCAUCGGCCAUUGCUUGUCCUGGUCCGGUUGGCUCGUUCUUCAGGCCCCCGUUCUCAAGAAGUACCCGGCUCGCCUCUCCGUCACUUCCUGUACUUGCUUCUUUGGGAUAAUCCAGUUCCUCAUCAUCGCCGCCGUUGUUGAGCGCGAUUCUCAGGCUUGGCUCUUCCACUCCGGCGGCGAAAUCUUCAGCGUCUUGUACGCCGGCGUGGUGGCUUCUGGAAUUGCUUUUGCUGUUCAGAUAUGGUGCAUUGACAGAGGUGGCCCUGUCUUCGUCGCUGUUUAUCAACCUGUUCAGACUCUCGUUGUCGCUAUCAUGGCUUCUUUCGCUUUAGGUGAAGAGUUCUACUUAGGAGGGAUCAUCGGGGCCGUGCUGAUCAUCACCGGCUUAUACUUCGUCCUAUGGGGCAAAAGCGAAGAGAGAAAGUUCGCACUCGAGAAGGCGGCAAUCCUCUCCGCGCCGGACCACGGAAGCACCCGUACGCCCGCCCACAUCAAGUCCUCCAUUGCUCAGCCACUCCUCAUCCAUCCGUCCAACGAAAAUGUUUGACUUUGACCACUACCCACAAUGUCAUGCUUUGACUGUGUGUGUAAUCUUUUUUUCUUUUGCCCAUCUUUUGUUGACUUUUGGUUUUUCUUUUGUAAUUCAAUCAGUGGCUUUGUUAAUUAGAGAUGGGGCGGGGAAAGAAAAAAGGGUGUCUAAAGAGAGAGAUGUGAAGAGGGAUGAACUUUGUAUUGAUCAAUCGCAUGCACUUUGAGUUUGUGUGGGCUCCAAAAUCCCAUGUGCUUUUUUUUCCUCUUCUUAAUUGAUGUUUUAAAUUAAGCCUUAAUGCUUAAUCAGUUUCAUGA